CCCGUGCCCUCUCCGCCCCCCGCGCCCUCCUCUUGCUCGCCUCCCCCGCGCCCUCUCUGCCUCUGGGCAGAUGCUCGCUCCUGCUCUUCUCUUGGCUCCUUCUGGCCGCGUGAGUUGGCCCAGCCAUGACCGACGUGCUGUGGUCCGUGCUCCCCAACGGGACUGAGGUCCCCCCCUCGUCGCUGUGGCCCCCCAGCAACGCCACCAAGUGCUCGCUCACCAAGACGGGCUUCCAGUUCUACUACCUGCCCGCCGUCUACAUCCUGGUCUUCAUCACGGGCUUCCUGGGCAACAGCGUGGCCAUCUGGAUGUUCGUGUUCCACAUGAAGCCCUGGAGCGGCAUCUCCGUGUACAUGUUCAACUUGGCCUUGGCCGACUUCCUGUACGUGCUCACCCUGCCCGCGCUCAUCUUCUACUAUUUCAACAAGACCGACUGGAUCUUUGGCGACGGCAUGUGCAAACUGCAGCGCUUCAUUUUCCACGUGAACCUCUACGGCAGCAUCCUCUUCCUGACCUGCAUCAGCGUGCACCGCUACACCGGGGUGGUGUACCCGCUCAAGUCCCUGGGCAGGCUGAAGAAGAAGAACGCCGUGUACAUCAGCGCCCUGGUGUGGGGCGUGGUGGUGGCCGGCAUAGCCCCCAUCCUCUUUUACUCGGGCACGGGCGUUCGGAUCAACAAGACUAUCACCUGCUACGACACCACCUCGGACGAUUACCUGCGGAGUUACUUCAUCUAUAGCAUGUGCACCACCGUGGGGAUGUUCUGCGUCCCCUUCGUGGUCAUCCUGGGCUGCUACGGGCUCAUCGUGAAGGCCCUCAUCUACAAUGACCUGGACAACUCGCCUCUUCGGAGGAAGUCCAUUUACCUGGUGAUCAUCGUGCUGACAGUCUUUGCCGUGUCCUAUCUUCCCUUCCAUGUGAUGAAAACGUUAAACCUGAGGGCCAGGCUGGAUUUUCAGACCCCGGAAAUGUGUGCCUUCAACGACAGGGUCUAUGCCACUUACCAGGUGACUAGGGGGCUGGCCAGCCUCAACAGCUGCGUUGACCCCAUCCUCUAUUUCUUGGCUGGAGAUACUUUCAGGAGAAGACUGUCAAGGGCCACCAGGAAGGCUUCGAGAAGAAGUGAGGCAAAUUUGCAAUCGAAGAGUGAAGAUAUGACCCUCAAUAUUUUAUCGGAGUAUAAGCAGAAUGGAGAUACAAGCCUAUGAAUUGCACACAAGCAAAAGGUUCCCAAACACCUCAUUAAAAAAAAAAAAAAGAGGCAACAACAACAAUAAAACCCCUUAGUAUAAAGAUAAACGGAGUCAGAAGAAUUGGGAAGAAGGGUCUGGAGUGGGGAAAACUAUAUCACUUAACAGUCAAGUACUUUUUUUUUCCUUUGAUGAGUUUAGAAGGAAUAUAAGAAAUUAGAGAUCAGAAAGUUAAAUAUAUUAAAACAGUACUCUCCAUUACAUACUUCUGAUUUAUACCAUUUCAAAAUUCUCCACUCUCAAAUAUACAUAUGUGCACUCACUUUUAUAUUUGGGGUAUUUUUGCAUUAAAAAUUUCUCCAAGAUAUAUGACUGUCUUAUACUUUAGGUUGUGCACCUGUGGUCAUCAUUAUAAUUAUUAUUACAUUUUAUAAUCCACAUCAGCAUCCUGCAAAUAUUUAAAAUUAGACUCAAAUCAGAAAACAAUUCUCCCUGUUCUUUAGGUUGCAAAUGAGUGGCUUCUCUCCUGGGCUUUGAAAAAGUCAAGUAUUUUCUGUUAGUUUACGAGCACAAGUUUCUAGUUGUCUUCACUUGGAUGCUGGCUAGACAGAUGUCACUGAGUUUAAAAUCUUGAAAGGUGAUGAUUUUCUAAUUCUGAUUAUCAGGAAAACCAUUAAUUUAUAUUUUGGGUGCUAAAUGUUUGAUGGUGGAAAUCUCUAUUAGGUUUUGUUUCCUAUGCAAGCUUAAUUUCUUGGGAUGCUUUAAAUCUCCUUAAGUAAACAUGCUAUUUACUGGCAAUGUUGCUGUUUAAUGCAUAGGGUUUUGUUUUCCUAGAUGAAUGCUUAUCCACAUCUGCAAAAAAAAUUACCAAAAGAGGCAACUCUGAACUGAUGAUUUACAAGGCAAACUGACUAAAGUUAAAUGCACAAGUUAAGGUAAAAUGUAGCUGGGCAUGGUUAGUGUUUGGGAGUGAUUGGCAGCUUUCCAAAAUCUUCAUGCUCCAGAUAUCUGAGAAAAGAAAAAAGAAAUUAAGCCAUGAGACUAAAACUUAGUUAUUGUCAUUUAGGGACUAUACCAAAAGUGUUGGGAAAAGGGACCUUUGAUAUUAUCCUGAAACAUGCCUGAAAGUAUUAUAACAGUGGGUAAAGAUUCAUACAUGAUACAAUAUCUUACAUUUUAUAAAUGCUGUUUAUAAAAUGACAGAGCAUGAUUUGGCCUCACUAGUCUUUUUUUUUUUAAUGGGAGAAAAAAAGAUUGUAUUUAAAUACGUGCAGACAUCCUUUGACAGUAUAGCAAAGCGGGUUAAAUGAUUAAUUAUAGAAAUGUUUUUUUUAAAAAAGAACUACUUUAAAGAGAUGGCUAAUGAGUGGAGGGGCAAUAUUUAUAUUACAGGUUUGCUCCUCUGGGUAUUAACCUGUCAAAUGCUUCCAAUUUAUAAUGCUAAUUCUGUAUUUUAACCCAUUUUAAAUUACCACUCAAUCCCAGCCCUACAAUAUUUCUUUUCACUAUAUUAGUCAAGCCAUAUUAUACAAACUUACUGAGGUGAAUUUACUCUACAUCUCCCAAGCAAUCACAAACUUCACGUUCUACUUAAAAGAUCGGUAUUAAAGAUAAUUUCAUACAUUUUAUUUGUAGAACUAAAAUGAGCAAUUUCCUCCAACACAGAUUCCAAGCAGUGCGCCGAUGUGGUCAUCAUCAUUGUAUUCUUGGAGGGUAAUAUUGAGUAUGGAGUUGGAUCCCAAGGUAAACGUGUGUGACACAAAGUGACAGCUGAUUCAAUGCUGUAUUUGAGCCCCUGAAUAACUUUUCAGAGCUGGGAGGAAUUUUUUGUGUCAGCUAGUCCCGACUCCUUGCCUAAAAGUCCCUGAGAGCAAAGGAAAUUCUCUUUCUUUGAACAUUGUAAAACCUUUCCAUGUGUCAUCUGUCAUCAUCUAUUUGUAGUUUCACGUAGGGAAAAUGAGUCACCAAAAUGCACACAGCAAAUCCGAUGCUGGUGAAAUGCUAGUAAGCAUAGUGAUGUUUCAAACCUCAAUAGAUAUUUGCUCAAAUAUCUUGCAGCAGCAAAUUGAAAGAAUAUCCCUGUAAUUCAUGGCAGAACAGAACACAAAGCACAAACUUAAUGACUAUUGACCCCGGUGAUCAUCAAAGCCUUGGAUUAUCUGUAGCAACAUUAAAUACUCCAGUUACAAAGGAAUAAGGGAAUGCCCCGGCCUGGCCCAAUAAGUGGUGUUUCCUCAGUAGCCCAAUUCUCCCAUUUACCUUAUUGGGUUUUUUAGGUCACAGGAUGCCCAGGCCCGUGCAGAGAGUUGCUUUCCUAGCCCAAUGCUAUCAAACUUGUAAAUUCUGCAUUAUUUUCAGGUCCUCUUUCAUAAUAGUAAGCAGAGUUGGGAAGUGACUAGAACUGCCCUUUUACUAUAAGGAAUGUUUUUUGCAGUCUCUGACUUUAUACCUCUCAUAGGAGACCAUAAUAAUAGCAUGUAAGGAAUCAUGAAACCAUGACAAAUGGUAACAAAGAAUCGCAUGGCUGACUACUUCCAAGCAGACCCCAUGGCCCAACAGGGAGCUCUGGUAGCUGUGUCCACCCAGUUUGAAAUAAACUGGAGAUCACAUUGAAGUGGUAUACCCCUUUGGCAGCAGCAGGGCUGACCUCACAAAGCCUGAAAAGACAAUUCAUGGGAUCUCAUGAUGUAAAUUCUUACAUCCUGACUGUGGUAACAUGUAAUCAAGACAAGUGAAAUUGCUAAUGUGCUAUAAUAAUUUACCAGUUUACUCAAGUACUCAAAAGUGAUGAAAAGUUCAGAACCCAGAUGUUUUUUAGCACCUUCAUAGUCAUUACUGCAAGCCUGCCAAAUCUAUUUGCUCCCUGACCUGAAUGGGUAAGAAAUUGAGAAGAGCUGGAGUGUGGGGCAGGAUUUCUAAUUUCAAAUCCUCCUUUGCCAGUCAGCUAAUCCCGUGGUGAAUUCGAAUUCUACAAUCCAUCUUUACCCUCAUUCUUAAAAGAGGAAUGGAAUAACUCAUCUGUCACAAGGACAUUUGAGAGUCUAAAAACCGCAAAUGGCACAUAAAACAUGCCACUAUUGUUUUCCAGAACUACUCAAUUCCAGGCAUUGGUUUGGCCACAUUCCUAUGUGGAUAUCAUCUGUGAUGUGGAAAUAUGCCCAGGAAAUCUGUCAAAACCACUAACUUUCCUUCUGUAGGAUACUAAACUAUCUUUGGAUACAAUGGAUAUCAUCGAUAGUGGCUGGAAUGGUACCAGCAACAAAGGCUGAAAGUUUGUAACUGGUUGUCAAAUCUGACUCAUCCAUUAUGUCAUCAAGCUUAAGCUUUCUGAUCAUCUUAAAGACUAUUACCGGAUUAUUUAUUGAUGAAGCAACUGCAGUCCAUUAAUUGUACAGAUAGCAUUGAACACUUUCCCUGGAAGAGCAUUUUUUUUUUGAUCCAGAACACUGAUGUAAAUUCUAUUUAUUAAAAUGUAUAUCCUCAGUAUAACAGAUUGCUGUAUUUGAGAUUCAUAAUGUAUGUGGCAUGGUGAAAAUAAGAAUAGAGAUUUCAUAUACCUCUAUGCUUUUCAAAUAUCAGUAUCUUGCAGUAUUUGGGGCUCUCUUUCAUCAUUCUUUUUGUGAAACUAUAAUAAUCUCUAAAAGUCUACUUUGUGAAGCUCUCUGUGUUAGAGUUCCCCUAAUGAUAUAUUUGCAUGCUCACCUUUUAAAAUUGGAUUUCUGAUUUUAUAUGUAAAAAGUCAAUUUUUGUCAAGUGAAUAUAGGAUCAUGCAGCAAAUAGAAAAUAUUUUAGUCUUAACUGGGUGUGUAGGGUUAUAUAUUUUGUGAGGUUUUGCAGUAACAUUUAUACUACCAUUGUAAAAAAAUGCAUGAAAUCCAUUGAUGAACACUAUUUAAAAAAUGCAACAGGGUUGACCUACAUUUGAAACACAACUAAAUCACUGUGCUUUACAAAACUGAUGGAGAGGCAUUAUUGACAUGGCCUUGGAGUUUAAAGAGAGAUUUGAGGAAAUGGAGAAAGAAAGGUGGGAGAAUACAGCUGCUAUGGUCCCCUGCUGCUCCAGUUAGCUCUAUUUACAUUUCCCCCCAAAUGGCUUCUACCCUUUAUUUCUUGGUCAAGUUAAAUAGCAUGCCCUUGGUACUCUUCUCAGACAUAGCAUUUCUCACAUCUUAAAUAUCAUCACAGCAGAUGCAAUCUGGAUGUUCCUUUUAUGCUUCUAUGUUCAAUUACCUUGCUUGAGCCUUCAUUUUAGCUCCAAGCACUUUCUAGAGUGAAAGUUGUAUGACUUGGUUCCUGAGUUCUGUUACAAUUUUAAAUUUCCUGUUAUAUACUUUAUAAUACAUAGCAUUGCCAAUUAACAUGAAGGGAGAAUGUAUGAGUUACAUGUUCGAUGUUAUGUGCAUUUGGAUUGAUGUAUUUCAGUGCUCUUGUGAAAAUGUUUAUUUUUAUAUUAUCUGUGAUGUAAUAUUGUUGAUUAAACUAGGUUUAUUUGU